GGGUGAAGGAAGUGACGUUGUGACCAGGAAACAACACAACUCUUCGAGUUCAGAAAGUGUUGUUAGCAAACUAGCAAAUUCAUCACAAAAAACUAUCAUACACAAGAACAAGGUAUAUCAUUUUCAAUUUUACCUCAAAGCGUUUCAUGAAUAACAAAAGGGUGGAGAGGAUGGAUAUAUUAAUAACCGACGUUAGCCAUGAUCUCUGAUUUAGCUACGCCAACGUUAUCUAGUUAGCGUUCACAACAAUUUGGCAGUAGCUAGCUAUUUAGUUAGCUAGGUAGUUAGCCAGCUUUUAGAUUGGAACAGCUAGUUAGUUACGUUAUGUAGUUAGCUAGCUAGAUACCGAUUUAAAAGAAAUAGCGAUAGCUAACUAGGGUAUUUGACAGCUACAUUGCCAGCUUAUUUCCUAGCUAGCUAACGACGUCAUUGCCAGAGUAGGUAAGUGAUGUGUGAGUAGACAGCUUACAUUAGGUAGCUAGUAGUAAACUACAAAGGGCUGUGGUUACCCUCUACUGUUAGCCCAUUGUAUAGCCAAUGUAACUGGGAUGCAACUCAAAUAAUUUUAGACCUGUAACCAAGUCCUUAGAAUGUUUUACACCGUUAAUUUCCCCUUGAUCAGAACGCUAUGAUGUAUUUGUGAAGUUGUUCUCCGUCUUCCAUAUAUGCCUAGAUCCAGAGAGAAUGGCUGCAGACUGGUUAGGCAGUCUGGUGUCAAUAAACUGUGGACCAACCCUGGGCAUGUACCAGGGAGAAGUGUCAUCUGUGGACCAGACUAGUCAGACCAUCUCUCUCAGACAACCUUACCACAAUGGGGUCAGGUGCCCUGUCCCUGAGGUCACCUUCAGGUAAGGCUUUCACAUGGUGAAGUACAGAAAGAUUAGCCUGAGUCACAGUUUCGGGAAAUAAUUUGCGGUGACAAUGACAUAGGAGUUUGAGUUUGCAUUUGGCAAGACGGCACACACAGACAUACUACAUUCUGUGCAUUGAUCUAGUUAUUUCACAAAGACAUAGGGGCCUACUUAUUUGUUUUAAGCAAUCUGCUGUUAACAUGCCUAACAUACCAAUGUUUACAUUCUAUGCAGUGCUAUGGACAUCAAAGAGCUCAAGUUCCUGGAUAUCCAAACUCAAAGUGGUGGCAGCAGAGCCAGUGCUGGACAGGGUGUCUUGUCUGAUCCAGGCGUCAUAUCUUCAGGGCAGAGUGGUCAGAAUAGCAGAGGUGGUUACCCUGCCAACAACACCCAUUCCACCACCGCUCCUAUUACCAUUUUACGCAAAGGUGAGAUGAGAGGACUAGUUUGAGAGUUUUAUUUUUCAAACUGGUUGCAAGGCCCCAACGCAACAUCCCCUCAGUUACCAUCAAUUGGGCUGGGGGACUUUUAUACAGCGGUAGUGGAACACCACCUUCUAUCAGCAGUUCUCCAGAAGCCACAAAGAGUGCUGUCUGACUGAGUGCAUUUGAAUAGGCCAUGGGCUUCUUCAGUGUGUUCUAAAAUGGCCACAGCCUUUCUUCUUAUGCAUUCGGAAAGUAUUCAGACCCCUUGACCUUUUCCACAUUUUGUUACGUUACAGCCUUAUUCUAAAAUUGAUGAAAUUAUUUUUUUCCUCAUCAAUCUACACACAAUACCCCAUAAUGACAAAGCAAAAACAGGUUUUUAUAAUUUUUUGCAAAUGUAUUAAAAAUAAAUAACAGAAAUACCUUAUUUACAUAGGUAUUCAGACCCUUUACGCAGUACUUUGCAACCAGUACAAUUUUAGAAUAAGGCUGUAACGUAACAAAAUGUGGAAAAAGUCAAGGGGUCUGAAUACUUCCUGAAUGCACUGUAUGUUUUGAUAAGGUUUGUAUCACAGCUAAAGUGGCCAAAUAACUUCUUAAAAUGAAGCACAUUCAUCCGCGUUACAAGGGGUUUAGAGCCUAAAUGGCAUACAUAAGCAGCGCAUGAGUUUCAAGUUUGGAUAAGAUAAUUUUCACCAUAAAAAUUCACCUUUUAUAAUAAAAGCGUUACAUUCAUAAUAGCAUUUGCAGUCACUUUUGAUAAUGGUGUUUUCCCGCUAAUGGAACAUUUGCGCUUAUAGCCUACUGCCAUGCGCGCAUUGCUGCGCUUAUAAUGUGAAGAUAUAGCCUAAUAGUUUAUCAACAUUUUAAGCUAAAUAUUCUGAUCUGUUGCGUCAGCCACAUUGCUUCAAAAACGUUUUUUUGAUGCUAGUGGUUAUAUUAACUUGGGAUCUAUUGCUUCCCACAACUGUCCCAGACUAUGUUUGGAAUAUUUAUUCUCUCGCACAGAAUAGAAUAGGUCGACUUUUGUACUAUGGGGGAUAGUAGAUUGACAUAGGCUAGUGCUUUUGCUGUUCGUUAGGCCUACUCAUCUUGUUUGCUGACGAAAAGUAAAUGUGGACAGUUCUUCCAAUAUCCUCAAUAUGCACCUCGGAAUUGGAUAAGGACGCGCGCAGUUGCGUGCCCGAUGUGUCUGACUUCACUUGUAGCCUGUGAGAAAGACCCGAUCACGUGAUGGAAGAAGGGCACAACGGCCACUGGCCGCAAUAGGCAUGGAUUUUUUUAGGGUGCAUUACGGCCACAAAGGGGAUGCCGCCGUGAUAUUCGAGGCAUUAUCAAGUGCUUUUCAAAUUGUGAAUGAGAGACUAAUGAAGUGUGGACAGCCUGCGCUAAAAACAAAGCAGAGCUCAUGCCUUUCAAGCGACUUUUUUCAAAUCAUCAUUAGAGUUGCAUCAUGCAGCCUUACAAUGUAUAAAAAAUCUAAACAUAUAGCCCAACGUUUGUAGAACAACUAAAGUUACAUUAACUCUAAAUUAAGCAUAUAGGAGUACCUAUUUCUUAGUUAACCGCUCAACACGGAGUAGCUGCACGUGCGCACUCUCUCAAAUCGUUUGGUGAAAACAUGUAUAUUUUAUUCAGCUUUGUUCAAUUGUGUUCAUCAUACUAUAAAAUAAUGCCACGGAAUUCUAAGCAAAUCUUGUCUGCUAAAUGAACUAGUGUAGCCCACAGCCAUUUGGACAACUCAGAGUAUUCUAUUCUGUUCUUCUGAAAUAGACUACAUCUUCUUCAUAUCAUGCUUCAAUAAAUAAUGGAUUUAUUGUGAAGGUGUAGGCGAUAUUACAUGGAUUUAUUUGACUUUUUUUAAAUGUAGUUGUUCCAAAUGUCUGUAUCAGUGGCUUGUAGGCUAUGUGUGGAAGCCAGGAGAUGCUAAAUGUGUGUAUGUUAAUUAACGGUAAAUUACUGUGAGACUGACAGUUAUUUGCUUGACAAUCACCGGCUGACUAAAUUUUGUGACCGCCACAGCCCUAGUAACGUAACAAAAUGUGGAAAAAGUCUAGGGGUCUGAAUACUUUCCGAAUGCACUGUAUAUUGCACCAGAAUCUUACACCAUCACACUCAAUGACUACAUAACUUGUAUCUCUGCCUUUGUUGCUUAUGAGUGCUAGAGGUAGGCUAAUACAUUUGACCUGCACUAUAUUUAGCCACUUCAAGUGUUUACUCAUUGAAUUUGGUGCCAACUGUAACAGUUAGUCCCAUUUAGAAAGUACACUCAACACAUUAUCACAUUGUGAAUGAGGCUAUUUCUCAAUUAUGACAUGUUUACAUAAGACAGUUUAACCACAGCCAUGAACAUAUUUCUCGCUAUCUGACUGUGAUUAUAGAGCAAAAAGUUAUCAUUGUUGAUCUUUUCCUUAUUAAGUGACCGGAGGAAAUGUGAAACUAAAAGUAUCAGUGUCACAUGUAACUCCACUCCCUAAUCUCUAGGCUCUGCACAUUUGUCAGCAGUCACUGAAGCCGAGCCAACACAUUGCUUCAUCAUAGUAACAUUUAUGCACUUGUCUUUUCUGAGAGACACCUAGGCUCUGUGGAUAGGAAGGGAAAGGUUGCCUCUGUGCAAAGGUUACACUUAGUCAUGUUAUGCUAUGCUUUACCUGACUGGCGCAUUCAUACGUUUAGGGCUUCUGUUUCUUUUGUUUGGUCCCUGCUCUGUUAUUUCUGUUUAUCAGACACAGAAAUCCCUGCAGUGUUUUGGCAUAAAUGUUUUAGUAAAUGAUUAUCCUCGGAUGUACUAUGAGAAUAGUUUUCUAUCAUUUCUGCCAGGUAUAAUAACCACAACCCAUAAAGCAGCAACCCUUUUAAAAUAGCUACGUAGUAGUUAUCUGCUUAAUCAGUCUAGUUUAUUUCUGUCUCUCUGGUGAACCGGUGUCCUUUCCUCUAGUCUAUGGUGUCACCGGGUUACUAUUAACAAGCCUGAGCCCCAGAUUCCCAUAGCGUGCUAAAGGCUUUUACCAAAGUUCCUCUUUACAAUAUGUGUGUGACUAAGAUCAAUAAACAUUCCCCCCCUCGCUGUGUCUGCUCCUAAAGAGGAGGUUAUGCAAGGCCUGGCCUACGUGCCUUAGUGCCCUUCUGUUCUCCGUCUCGUCUCCCUCCCUCUCUCCUGCUCAGAACAGGAAACCCCCCACAGGAAGCCAUGUUGUCCCAGUGGCAGUGUGCUUGGAAGGGGGCAGACCAUAUCAAUUGUGGAAGCACUGUUUACCUUUGCAUUUUUUAUUUUAAUCUCCAGAUUCUUGGGCCAACAGCCAAGGGCGCUAAUGCACAAAUUGCAUGAGACCAAAGUGCUGAGUGGAAGGGGUUGGGCUGACCCUUUCACACGCAAUGCCAUGCCCCUAACCAGCCCCUUAGUGGGGGGCCAUAGAAAGAAAGGGAGGUGGGGUUAGGGACUACUUAUGCAAGAUCAUGGGCUAUACAAAUUAUUUAUAAUUAUCUGACAUUAAUGUUUCUGGGAGAGUUAGGAUAGUCCUCUGCAAAUCGAGUGGAUUUUCUUGGAUCUAAAAUGACCUUGUUAAGAGGGUAAUUGGGGGGGGGAAAUAGCUCUUAUUUUUGCAUAUACAAAUGUUCCUAUGCAUACAUGCUGUCAGCUUAGAGUCCUUUGUUUUUCCUGUGCCUCUGGUACAUACCAUUAACUGUACAGUAAAGCUCUUCUUUCCUGUUCUUGAUUGGACAGUGUCACACACACAUACACAGAGGGAGUUGUUGCGGCUGACUGACAUGUUUUCCUUCUGUCAGUCUUAACUUGCAUGUGAACACAUUUCCCUCCACACAGCAACAUGUUGACAAGCCUCACAUGCUGUCACAGCACACUGUCACUCACUCCAGUUCCUGUGUGUUUAUCUCACCGUUGUCAUAGUGAUUUAUUUUUCUGUAAGAGUAUUGGCCAACAUUUGCUUGUAACGUGUGUAACUUAAAUAUGGGUCAUGUUUAAUCAUUCUUUGAAAUGUAGUUCACCGUGUAGUUUGUCAAUGAUGUUUCACAUGGCUCAAGUUCAUGUUUUGUUCAAAUAUCUCAGCCUUCAUUGAACAUAAGAUUCUUUCUGUUCUCCACAUUUUCACAUCACUUCUAUCAGACACUAGUACUAACUUGGUGUUCAUUAUUCUCUGCUUGACUUGGAGCAUUGCCCAGUGCAUUCAGGUAUCUGAUUCACUGAGAUUUACAAUAGACCUGUAGGUAAUAAUACUCUGUGGUUUCAUUGUAAUAUGUUUGCCUAUGUUGAAAAGCUAAUGCACACAUAUUAACAGAUUUUUUUAAAAGCAGUCCCUCACUCCCCUCCAUUGUCGAAAAUACAUUGAUAUAGUAGCAAGUCUCAGAUCAGUCGGUGUGAUCGGAUGACAACGCCAUUGUGACAACAACAGUAGUGUGUACGUGACUUGACUGAGAGUCUUGGUGUGAAUCUUGCGUGAGAGCCCAAAGUACCUAGCUGUCAGUGUGACACUUGCGUGCGACUGUGCCUCUCUCUCUCUCUCUCUCUCUCUCUCUCUCUGUCUCUAGGUUAGCGUGAGACCUCAGCACGGUUAGGGUUGAACACCCGGUUUUUCCAGUUAUUUUUUUGUUUCUCAUCUUAGUUCUUUUUGAUUUGUUAGUGCGCCAUGCAUGUAUCUAAACGUUGUGUGUUGAGGAUUGUGUGUUGAGGAUAGAAAACUACUAGCCUAUAUUAUUAAUGUUCUAUUGACGUUGCUUGUUAUCUAACUAUAGCUCCUGAUACAGCCAUAGGAUAAGAUCAGUAUUGAGGACAUAGAGAGCAGACUGGAGUCCUGACAGAGAUUAAUGGACCCCAGUCUGAAAAAUUACCCUCUUAACUGGGAUUUGGGCUUGUGCACCAUAAUUGCUAGUCAGGCUACAGGCCUAUGUACUGUAAAAAUAAAUCAGAAUAAAUCGUCCUCCUAAUGUCUUGAUUUAUGUUAAUCAGGUCCUCCAGCAUCAUCUAGUAACCGAGCGCCAAACCAGGCCACGCCGAAGAAGAACGGAGUGAAGAACGGAGUAGUAGGAGGAGGGGGGCAGAUGAGGAUCAGGGACGACGAGUGUUUUGGUGCUGAGGUGGACGAGGGUCUGGACACAGACUUUGACUUUGAGGGGAACCUGGCACUGUUCGACAAGGCAGCCGUGUUCUCGCAGAUUGACGACACAGAUUGCAAUGGGGCACGUUCCCGUGGAACGCACGGUGGCGAACGCGGUACACCCACACGUUACCGUCACGACGAGAACAUCCUGGAGGUCAAACCAGUCGUCUACCGGCAGAUCACGGUCCCACAACACGGGGGCAAGGAGUACUGCACUGGUAAGAGAGAGAGAACAGAACACCCUCCAUUGGCUCCAUUCACAUCCACCAUGGGCAAGAGAGCGAGAGAGAGCACCACCCUCCAUUCACAUAUAUCUCACACAUCCACAUCUAGAGACCUGCUGCCCUGAGGGAUAGACAGAUAGAGCACUCUCCAUUCACAUCUGUCAUCACACAUUCACUUCCAGAGGCCUGCCAGUGCCCUUAGGCCCUGAGUGUCUCUCACCACAGCCACUGCAUCUAUUGAGGCUAAAAGUAGACCCAUGAGUUUGGCUAAGCGAGCCAGACUAGUGGAGAGACUGGACAUUGUGUACAGUUCUAAAAUAGGCCUUAAACAAACAGGCAAGAAGAAAAUUGCCCCUGUAAUCGGACGCAACCGUGAGGGAUUACAACAGUGUGGGUAUUCUCAGUGAAGCCCAUCGGGCUGGAGAUGAGAUGGGGGAGAGAUAUAGGUUCCUGUCACAGCCCCAGCCCGUGUGCAGCGUGUGGUUAAGAGGUUACGCCAGGCUGAGGCUCUCCCUCUCAGUAAUCACUGCUGGCUUCUCCCUAAGGAGUGACACACCCACCAUUCACACACUCUCUCUCUCACACACACACACACACACAACCCUAAUGAGCUACACUUCUCUGUCCAUACACAGACUCUUGUUUGUCUUUCUCUCCUUUAAGAUACUAGAAUGUUUUUCAUGUAGCUCAGAGAUGGGAAAACCGCUGUAGAUUGGUGACCCAUUCAACCAGAGAAUGGGGAUUUACCAUUAGAUUUGUGAAAAUUAAAAGAAAUGAUGAACGACAAGUUCUACCAUCAGGAUGUUUUCUGUUGCAUACGUGUCUUGCGGACUGGUGAUAAUGAGUGUAGUGUUUGCUUUGGAAUGUAGUUGAAUUCCCCCUCCAUGUCAGUGUUGUUGACUUUAGACAGAAAUAGUAUAAGUUCUCAGAGUGACAGUGUGGGUCUGAUGUAGGCCUACAUCUUGUGCUUCUGUGAUGCAACACUGAAGCUCUUUGCUGGGUGUGGGUUUGACUGUCUCCUAUAGGCCAGAGAGGGCCACCUCCCACUUUCGCAACGUGCUGGGCUGGCUGGGAUCCUACUCUGGUUACUCUUUUGAUUGAGGCAGCAGGUAACUUUUGAGCUUUGAGCUCACUGCCCCACCACACCAUGCAGUCCCAAUCUGGGAAGAGGAGCCGCUCUCCCACACCUCAACAACACUCUUUAUAAGUGUGUUACAUAAUUGGUUUCAUACAGGAGAUAAGUGAAUGGCACGCUAUACUAGGCCCCUGGCCUGGAUUCCAAGGUGUGACAAGAAGAGCAGCACCUAUCACUCUGCUGGGCGCUGCAGGACUCACUGUAGGGAUAGGGGAUCAGUACCGGUCAAAUCUGGUUUCUGGUGUUGGCAUAAAGUGAUAUGGGUCUAAGUGGAACACAAGCUCACGCGCACAAACCGGCUCUCACACACGCAUGCUCGCUCUCUCAUUAGGGAAAAGAGGAUAGCAAUGCCAAUACCAUCGCUAUUAGUCAUAGAAUGCAUUCUGUGCCCCCAUGGAGAUAGGAGUGUUAUGCUUCUGUUGCCAGCUGACUAAAUACUCCCAGACAAAGAUACUACACUGAUACACCUAGCUGGAUAACUUAAUCCACUACGUGAAAUGACUGACUACAAACAUGUGAGCCUCAAAUAGCCCGCUACACUACAGUACAUACUGUACUGACAUACAGGUAUGUGCAAUGUGCAGCAGUUUUUAGAAAGGGUUAUGACAUGGCCACUUUUUUCUAAGUAGCCUAACAUGGCCACCAGCCAGUGUUACCAUGGUGACAGCAGUGCGGUGACUAUGAUGGGCCAGGCGGCCAUUAAAAGCCUUGCCCCUGGUGCUGAGAACUGGGAGCUGAAUGUGGACGCUUUUGUCUCCUUUUACCGAACAGGCUGGGCAGGUCUGCUACCUCUGCCUCUCUCUGUCUGAAUGCUGUCAUGCAAAGCUCCAUCCUCUGUACCUUGUAAUUAUCAGACCGCUCUGAGCUUUACAUAAACAGCACCUCUCAUAGUCACACACAGGUUACCGCUCAAAUGGCACCCUAUUCCCUAUAUAGUGCACUACUUUUGCCAAGGGCCCAUAGGGAAUAGGGUGCCAUUUGGGAUGCAUCCACACUACAAGUGGAACAAACCCUUACCCUACUCGAGGCUGCUCUCACCUGAAUCCAUUCCUAUCCACAGCACUGUAAACAUUUUAAAUCAACAAUCUGAGACAACAGAAAAGGGGCUAGGUUUAACAAUUGUCUGUCUGCACGUAGACAAGUCGUCUGUAAGGGCUAUCUAUGUGGUGCAUUAUAGGCCUAAUUAUUCCGUUUCGAUGGAAAAGGCAUAGGUCUACUCUCCUUUGCUAAUUCCUAUGCGUGUUAAACCACUCUUCAACUACACGUCACAGGAGGUUGGUGGCACCUUCAUUGGGGAGGACGGGCACGUGGUAAUGGCUGGAAUGGAAAAAGUGGAAAGGUAUCAACAACAUCGAACACAUGGUUUCCAUGUGUUUGAUGCCAUUCCGUUUGCUCCGUUCCAGCCAUUAUUAUGAGCCGUCCUCCCCUCAGCAGCCUCCACUGCUACACGUGUACUCAAAUCUCUUCAGUGCAAACACACUAAAGCCACAGAACAAAUCAAAUCACGGCCCUGUAAAAGUGACAGGAGAGAGAGCUGAGGACGAGUAUGAUAUUCACAACUAUUGAUUCACUUGGUCCGGUGGCAUGAGAGCAAAUGGAACUUUCUAAUCAGUUGACCUGCAUUAAUCUUAGUUAUGAGGGCUGAGGUGAUGGAGUCUUAGAGACUUGCACCCCCUUGGUACUGCAGCAGCAACAGGCCUGUAGUCUGGAGGAGCCUUGUGAAGCUGUGGAACCACACUCCCUGUUCUCUCCCUCUUUCUCUCUCCCCCCUCCCUCUCUCAGCGCCAGCCCUAAUCACCCAUGGCCCGCUUCCAGCCUGUGUGUGUGUAUUGAUUUCAGCUUCGACGUUCUCGUUGUCAUGCUUGAAGGAUUGCUUCCAGCUCAGUUUAUUUUACUGCCCCUGCAUGCUCCUGGCUACCCAGUUGAGCAGGUUGAGCAUUGCGUGUAGUGGAGUGUGUGUGUAUGUGCUGUGUGUGUGAGUGAGAGUACACAGGAUCGGGUGGGGGGGAGCUGUAGCAGGGGAAUUCCUUACAAACGCACCUAGCUGGCGGGAUGGUUGAAAAGCAACUAGAUUAUAGUGCAACUCCCACUUCUCCCUCUUAUUGCCUCUCCUCAGCGGCAGGUUGCAUGACAAGGAGCAGUUGACUUUGCUGUGUGCUUAUCGCUCGCGUGAUUGGCCGAGGAAUGGCGCAGCAGAGUAGACUGGGUUUCUCCCACCCCACUGUAACAUAUUACCUGUCUUUGUACUGGAACAGUGGGAGGGAGGUGGAGAUACGGACAGGGAAGAGAUAAGGUUCAUUUCACCCAGGCACGACAUCCGUCUGUCUGCUGUUUGCAGGUGUGUGUUUGCUUGUGUGUCACACUGCGUGUGUUCUGCCUUGAGUGAUAUGCCUAUGUGUUUCUGAUAGCUGAAUGUGUGCCUGCAUGCGCAGAAUACAUGAGGAGGGAGGACACGCUGAGCACUCAGUUGCCAGGCCAACGCUUUGGAACAGGCCAUUAAGGUCUUACCUGCCUCCCAGUGGCUUCACUAGCCCCUCCAGCUAGUCUUUGAUUCCUCUGUAGACUGUGCCAUGGGCUAUAGGUAGGGAUUAGCACAGGGCUCUUUAAAGGGCUCCAUGAGCAGCUACCAGAAUAAUGACACAGUCCUGGCAGCACCUAGGAGCCAUGUGCACUGGGCUGGUCUUUCCUAGAUAUCCUUCUACUGUGUUGACACACAGACCUGAGCAGAGCUCUAGAUGGAUAUACAGUUGAAGUCGGAAGUGUACAUACACUUAGGUUGGAGUCAUUAAAACUCGUUUUUCAACCACUCCACAAAUUUCUUGUUAACAAACUAUCGUUUUGGCAAGUCGGUUAGGACAUCUACUUUGUGCAUGCCACAAGUAAUUUUUCCAACUAUUGUUUACAGACAGAUUAUUUAACUUAUAAUUCACUGCUCAUGGGUGGCAGGUAGCUUAGUGGUUAAGAGCGUUGUGCCAGUAACCGAAAGGUCGCUGGUUCUAAUCCCCGAGCCGACUAGGUGAAAAAUCUGUCUGUGCCCUUGAGCAAGGCACUUAACCCUAAUUGCUCAUGUAAGUCGCUCUGGAUAAGAGCGUCUGCUAACUGACUAAAAUUUAAAUGUAUCACAAUUCCAGUGGGUCAGAAGUUUACAUACACUGAGUUGACUGUGUCUUUAAACAGCUUGGAAAAUUCCAGAAAAUGUCAUGGCUUUAGAAGCUUCUGAUAGGCUAGUUGACAUCAUUUGAGUCAAUUGGAGGUGUACCUGUGGAUGUAUUUCAAGGCCUACCUUCAAACUCAGUGCCUCUUUGCUUGACAUCAUGGGAAAAUCAAAAGAAAUCAGCCAAGACCUCAGAAAAACAAUUGUAGACCUCCAAAAGUCUGGUUCAUCCAUGGGAGCAAUUUCCAAACGCCUGAAGGUACCACGUUCAUCUGUACAAACAAUAGUACGCAAGUAUAAACACCAUGGGACCACGCAGUCCAUCAUACCGCUCAGGAAGGAGACACGUUCUGUCUCCUAGAGAUGAACGUACUUUGGUGCGAAAAGUGCAAAUCAAUCCCAGAACAACAGCAAAGGACCUUGUGAAGAUGCUGGAGGAAACAGGUACAUAAGUAUCUAUAUCCACAGUAAAACGAGUCCUACAUCAACAUAACCUGAAAGGCCGCUCAGCAAGGAAGAAGCCACUGCUCCAAAAACCGCCAUUAAAAAGUCAGACUACGGUUUUCAACUGCACAUGGGGACAAAGAUCGUACUUUUUGGAGAAAAUGUCCUCUGGGUCUGAUUAAACAAAAAUAGAACUGUUUGCCCAUAAUGACCAUCGUUAUGUUUGGAGGAAAAAGGGGAAGGCUUGCAAGUCGAAACACCAUCCCAACCGUGAAGCACGGGGGUGGCAGCAUCAUGCUGUGGGGGUGCUUUGCUGCAGGAGGGUCUGGUGCACUUCACAAAAUAGAUGGCAUCAUGAGGAAGGAAAAUAAUGUGGAUAUAUUGAAGCAACAUCUCCAGACAUCAGUCAGGAAGUUAAAGCUUGGUCGCAAAUGGGUCUUCCAAAUGGACAAUGACCCCAACCAUACUUCCAAAGUUGUGGCAAAAUGGCUUAAGGACAACAAAGUCAAGGUAUUGGAGUGGCCAUCACAAAGCCCUGACCUGAAAAUGUGUGGGCAGAACUGAAAAAGCGUGUGCGAGCAAGGCCUACAAACCUGACUCAGUUACACCAGCUCUGUCAGGAGGAAUGGGCCAAAAUUCACCCAACUUAUUGUGGGAAGCUUGUGGAAGGCUACCCGGAACGUUUGACCCAAGUUAAACGAUUUAAAGGCAAUGCUACCAAAUACUAAUUGAGUGUAUGUAAACUUCUGACCCACUGGGAAUGUAAUGAAAGAAAUAAAAGCUGAAAUAAAUCAUUCACUCUACUAUUAUUCUUACAUUUCACAUUCUUAAAAUAAUGUGGUGAUCCUAACUGACCUAAGACAGGGAAUUUUUACUAGGAUUAAAUGUCAUGAAUUGUGAAAAACUGAGUUUAAAUGUUUUUGGCUAAGGUGUAUGUAAACUUCCGAUUUCAACUGUAUAUACAGUACCAGUCAAAAGUUUGGACAUGAUUCCAUAUGUGGUAUUUCAUAGUUUUGAUGUCUUCACUGUGUGUCCAAGCUUUUGACUGGUAGUGUGUGUGUAUGUGUAUAUAUUGUGAUGUCACGAGAGGCUGUGUCCUGGAGGGACGUUACAUCCCCCUGAGAUGGCUGCAAACCCAGACAGCUAUGGCUCCAUCUGCUGGUAUGGUCGGGAACUCCACCCCUCUAUGGCCAAUCUUCCCACGCAGCUGAAACAAAUCAGGAGCUGAUGAGCUGGAGGGUUUUUGAAGGGAAGAGACACACUGAGAGGGAGGGGGUGGAGGGUGAAGAAACACAGUCUCCAACCUGGGCUCUCUGGAGGACAAGAGUGCUGCACGUCCACUUCCAUGAGGAAUAUAAGGAUUUGGAGAUACUUACCUUUGGGGAAAUACUCACCUUUGGAUAUAUUCGCCUGUGGAAAUACGUGAGAGACAUUUGGAAGGACUCUUUGCUGGGUUGGCCACUAGCUGCAACGUGGACUACAGUAAGGCUGGGGAAAAGUUAUCUGAGCGAGUGAGAAUUAUGAUUUUGGAUGUGGAAGAGACAUCCCUGAACUGUUAACCCUUAAAGAGCCACAAGAGAACAGAAUUUUGUUAUAUUUUCGUUAAUUUCCCAAGACCUUUAAUAAAAUCCUUGUUUUGUUUGAACCUUGUCUCCUUGCACUACUUGAGCAAUCCCGCUGAAAGCGGUGUAGCCUCUCGUGACGUCACAAUAUAUAUAUAUAUACAUACACACACACACCGUGGGGGAAAAAAGUAUUUAGUCAGCCACAAAUUGUGCAAGUUCUCCCACUUAAAAAGAUGAGAGAAGCCUGUAAUUUUCAUCAUAGGUACACGUCAACUAUGACAGACAAAAUGAGAAAAAAAAAUCUCCAGAAAAUCACAUUGUAGGAUUUUUAAUGAAUUUAUUUGCAAAUUAUGGUGGAAAAUAAGUAUUUGGUCAAUAACAAAAGUUUCUCAAUACUUUGUUAUAUACCCUUUGUUGGCAGACACAGGUCAAACGUUUUCUGUAAGUCUUCACAAGGUUUUCACACACUGUUGCUGGUAUUUUGGCCCAUUCCUCCAUGCAGAUCUCCUCUAGAGCAGUGAUGUUUUGGGGCUGUCGCUGGGCAACACGGACUUUCAACUCCCUCCAAAGAUUUUCUAUGGGGUUGAGAUCUGGAGACUGGCUAGGCCACUCCAGGACCUUGAAAUGCUUCUUACGAAGCCACUCCUUCGUUGCCCGGGUGGUGUGUUUGGGAUCAUUGUCAUGCUGAAAGACCCAGCCACGUUUAAUCUUCAAUGCCCUUGCUGAUGGAAAGAGGUUUUCACUCAAAAUCUCACGAUACAUGGCCCCAUUCAUUCUUUCCUUUACACGGAUCAGUCGUCCGUGCAGAAAAACAGCCCCAAAGCAUGAUGUUUCCACCCCCAUGCUUCACAGUAGGUAUGGUGUUCUUUGGAUGCAACUCAGCAUUCUUUGUCCUCCAAACACGACAAGGUGAGUUUUUACCUAAAAGUUCUAUUUUGGUUUCAUCUGACCAUAUGACAUUCUCCCAAUCCUCUUCUGGAUCAUCCAAAUGCACUCUAGCAAACUUCAGACGGGCCUGGACAUGUACUGGCUUAAGCAGGGGGACACGUCUUGCACUGCAGGAUUUGAGUCCCUGGCGGCGUAGUGUGUUACUGAUGGUAGGCUUUGUGACUUUGGUCCCAGCUCUCUGCAGGUCAUUCACUAGGUCCCCCCGUGUGGUUCUGGGAUUUUUGCUCACCGUUCUUGUGAUCAUUUUGACCCCACGGGGUGAGAUCUUGCGUUGAGCCCCAGAUCGAGGGAGAUUAUCAGUGGUCUUGUAUGUCUUCCAUUUCCUAAUAAUUGCUCCCACAGUUGAUUUCUUCAAACCAAGCUGCUUACCUAUUGCAGAUUCAGUCUUCCCAGCCUAGUGCAGGUCUACAAUUUUGUUUCUGGUGUCCUUUGACAGCUCUUUGGUCUUGGCCAUAGUGGAGUUUGGAGUGUGACUGUUUGAGGUUGUGGACAGGUGUCUUUUAUACUGAUAACAAGUUCAAACAGGUGCCAUUAAUACAGGUAACGAGUGGAGGACAGAGGAGCCUCUUAAAGAAGAAGUUACAGGUCUGUGAGAGCCAGAAAUCUUGCUUGUUUGUAGGUGACCAAAUACUUAUUUUCCACCAUAAUUUGCAAAUAAAUUCAUAAAAAAUCCUACAAUGUGAUUUUCUGGAUUUUUUUCUCUCAAUUUGUCUGUCAUAGUUGACGUGUACCUAUGAUGAAAAUUACAGGCUUCUCUCAUCUUUUUAAGUGGGAGAACUUGCACAAUUGGUGGCUUACUAAAUACUUUUUUCCCCCACUGUAUAUGUAUAAAUAAUGUGUAUGGUCCUGGACCUGAGUAUUCACUCAACAAGUCAAGCUGCAACACUCCCUCACACGCUAGCCAUCAUCAUUCACACAGGUGUACCAACCAGUACACCUUAAGCUCCUGUUUUGAAGUUUCCCCUUUGUCAUGGUACCCCUAUGUUUAGGUGGAGCGCUCUGUGAGGUGUGGUGGUAGUGUGUGUGGGCCCGGGGGGGUGCUGCUGCCGGUGUCUUGCCCAGCCCAAAGCUCUGCUUUUGGGGAUGCUGAGGGAGCUCAGCACAGAUGAGCUGGAGCGUGAUAACCCAGCCCCUCCAAAAGGCCAUGGGGGAAAGCUAGGAGAGGCGGCUCACAGUUUUCAUCCUCAUGUUUUGUAAAGGGCUGCCAAUCUCUUCUUUGUUGCGGUGGACAACAGUGACAAAUGAGAGAGGAAGAAGGGAAUCUUCCCUCCGUGAUGGGAAAGAGAUCAAGUCAAGGGAAGAGGCUUUCCCAAGGGAACUGGCUUUCCCAAGGGAACUGGCUCCUCGCGUGAGGGGAUGUGCUGCUUAUACAUAAACUCUUACUCCCUGAAGAGUUCCUGAGUGUGUGUGUGUGUGUGUGUGUGUGUGUGUGUGAGAGAGUGCGUUUGUCCUCAUUGUAAAAGUUAAUGUUGUUGGUGUAUUAUGCCUUCUAGUUCCUUUUGGGAAUUUCCAGUUGCACUGAUGAUGAGGAUUCUAUGCUGUUCUAUUUUUAGUGCCAUUUCCAUAUUUUUCUGGAACUUUAAAAAAACUUCUGACAUAAAAAAAAUACAAUCCAUUAAUGGCAAUCUCUCUCAUAUCAUAGCUACAUAUAUUAUAGUCUGGCACAAUAACAACUAAUACAUUUUUAUUUUCCCCUCUUGUCUCUCUCUCUCCUCUGACUGUAGACUCGGGCCUGGUUGUCCCCAGUGUGUCCUACGAGCUUCACAAGUGUCUUCUGGCUGCAGCGGAGCGGCAUGGCCUGUCUCUGGAGCGGAGGCUGGAGAUGACUGGUGUGUGUGCCAGCCAGAUGGCCCUCACUCUACUGGGUGGCCCCAACCGGUGAGUGUCUGGGUGGGUUCCCUCUACGGUGGUGACAUCACAUCACAUGCAACAGGCUUCAUCGAUACCAGAGUCGUGUUCAAUAGGCACGAAACUAAAGAAAAUGGUUUGAAACUGAGAGGUACUACAAUAUCUGAACUUCCCCAAUAAGAAAUGCUCGUUUUUGUUUUCAGUUGCAAAGCGUUUUGCUACAGUGUGCCCUAAUGAACAUGACCCAGGGUUAUACAAACAUGCCUUUGUCCUCCUAUUUUUGUCAAUUUUUCAUUGUUUCUUGUAUUGUUGCUGUGGUGAUAUACUGUAGUAAGGUGUUUUAAACAGGCAAUUAACCUUAGAGCGCUCCCUGUAAAGCACUGAUUAAUGAUGUAUAUAAACUCUAAAUUGCUGAUGCUAUGUAUUAGCCAAUGAGAGGUUUUGAACCCACCGGUCAGACAUAUUGUCAGUCCUCAGAAGAAGUAGUCCUAGGAAUGAAUGGAAUUCUACAUUUUUUGUAGGAAAUGUUUCAAGGACAAAAUCUGAUGUGUUUAAAGCUGCAAUAUGUAUAUUUUUGUAUUUUAUUUGUUCAAACGCUCUAAUAAUUCUCUAGUGGUUAUCCAGUGUUAUGCAACAGUAACAGUAUUGUACCUCUAGCCUACCUGAGAACCCCUGUAUUCAUUGGUUUUCGUUUUCCCUGUCGGGUCAAAUGUUGUGCUGCGCAUAAUGAGUUACGUGUUUCCGUCAGUGAGGAGGCCGUGCCACAGCUCAGGGAUAUUCUAACAGGUAGCCCGUAUGAUAGCUAGCUAGCUAGCUGAGCCCAUGUCCACACUUGGCUUGCAGAGAUAGCUAGCUUACAGACAUGGCAGACGUGAGGGGUAAACGACCUGACCCAGCAGCAGCUACUCCUCCAUCUAAGCCAAAGAAACAGAACUUUGGAGAGCAGACAGGCGAAAAGGGAAAGCUAUAGAGCCCGGGCCAAGACUAGAGUAAACCUCGGAUUUGUGUUCACAGUGGAGAGAACUAAGAGAGUUGAAAGGAUUCAAAACCGACACAGUUUGCAUUUUUUCUCCUGAAAGGUAAGACUUUGCUAGGUAGAUGAUAUACAUUUAAAUUAUGGUUUGCAAUUUAGUUGUAAAAAUGUAUGCGAAUGUUAUAUUUUGGAUUGCUUGUUUUGAUUGUUUUCAAGCCACACAUCCAAUAGUUCGUAUUAGCUUGUGUAGCUUGUUAGCUGGCUUUGUCAUUGCUGCUUUAUUUCAUUUGAAUAUACAAUUUAGCUUCACUAGUUAGUCCUAACUAGCUACCUAACUUAUGUGUAUAACGUUACUUGACCUUGUGUUAUAUUUCUGUGGUCUGAAAGUCAAGCUGUGAUAUUGGCUAGCUAGCUACUUCACACACUACUCUACUGGCACGGAAUAGCCAUGAUCAUAAAGCUCAUUUCAGAUACACAAGAUGAGACCAGAUGCGACGGUUUGUUUGAUCUGAAGGGUCUAGUUUUCCAAGGUUCAACAUGUAGGCCCUGCGACAAGACGGAUUCCAAGAUUCAACAUGUAAGUCUUGCGACAAUACAUAUCCAUUUAGCCAAUCAAAGAACAGUGCGCUAACCAUAGAGAUUUGAUUAAUUCUAUGGCGCUAACGUUCUGUGUUCAGCUAACUAGCUAGCUAAGCAGAGAGCUAGAUAGCUAUUUUGCUGCACAUAGCUAGCCUAGCUUGCUGACAAGUCACAAAGUGUACCCUGUUUCUGGUGCAUGUACAGUGGGGAAAAAAAGUAUUUAGUCAGCCACCAAUUGUGCAAGUUCUCCCACUUAAAAAGAUGAGAGAGGCCUGUCAUUUUCAUCAUAGGUACACGUCAACUAUGACAGACAAAAUGAGAAAAUAAAUUCCAGAAAAUCACAUUGUAGGAUUUUUAAUGAAUUUAUUUGCAAAUGAUGGUGGAAAAUAAGUAUUUGGUCAAUAACAAAAGUUUCUCAAUACUUUGUUAUAUACCCUUUGUUGGCAAUGACACAGGUCAAACGUUUUCUGUAAGUCUUCACAAGGUUUUCACACACUGUUGCUGGUAUUUUGGCCCAUUCCUCCAUGCAGAUCUCAUCUAGAGCAGUGAUGUUUUGGGGCUGUCGCUGGGCAACACGGACUUUCAACUCCCUCCAAAGACUUUCUAUGGGGUUGAGAUCUGGAGACUGGCUAGGCCACUCCAGGACCUUGAAAUGCUUCUUACGAAGCCACUCCUUCAUUGCCCGGGCGGUGUGUUUGGGAUCAUUGUCAUGCUGAAAGACCCAGCCACGUUUCAUCUUCAAUGCCCUUGCUGAUGGAAGGAGGUUUUCACUCAAAAUCUCAUGAUACAUGGCCCCAUUCAUUCUUUCCUUUACACAGAUCAGUCGUCCUGGUCCCUUUGCAGAAAAACAGCCCCAAAGCAUGAUGUUUCCACCCCCAUGCUUCACAGUAGUUAUGGUGUUCUUUGGAUGCAACUCAGCAUUCUUUGUCCUCCAAACACGACGAGCUGAGUUUUUACCAAAAAGUUAUAUUUUGGUUUCAUCUGACCAUAUGACAUUCUCCCAAUCCUCUUCUGGAUCAUCCAAAUGCACUCUUGCAAACUUCAGACGGGCCUGGACAUGUACUGGCUUAAGCAGGGGGACACGUCUGGCACUGCAGGAUUUGAGUCCCUGGCGGCGUAGUGUGUUACUGAUGGUAGGCUUUGUUACUUUGGUCCCAGCUCUCUGCAGGUCAUUCACUAGGUCCCCCCGUGUGGUUCUGGGAUUUUUGCUCACCGUUCUUGUGAUCAUUUUGACCCCACGGGGUGAGAUCUUGCGUGGAGCCCCAGAUCGAGGGAGAUUAUCAGUGGUCUUGUAUGUCUUCCAUUUCCUAAUAAUUGCUCCCACAGUUGAUUUCUUCAAACCAAGCUGCUUACCUAUUGCAGAUUCAGUCUUCCCAGCCUCGUGCAGGUCUACAAUUUUGUUUCUGGUGUCCUUUGACAGCUCUUUGGUCUUGGCCAUAGUGGAGUUUGGAGUGUGACUGUUUGAGGUUGUGGACAGGUGUCUUUUAUACUGAUAACAAGUUCAAACAGGUGCCAUUAAUACAGGUAACGAGUGGAGGACAGAGGAGCCUCUUAAAGAAUAAGUUACAGGUCUGUGAGAGACAGAAAUCUUGCUUGUUUGUAGGUGACCAAAUACUUAUUUUCCACCAUAAUUUGCAAAUAAAUUCAUUAAAAAUCCUACAAUGUGAUUUUCUGGAUUUUUUUUUCUCAAUUUGUCUGUCAUAGUUGACGUGUACCUAUGAUGAAAAUUACAGGCCUCUCUCAUCUUUUUAAGUGGGAGAACUUGCACAAUUGGUGGCUGACUAAAUACUUUUUUCCCCCACUGUAUGUCAUAACACUUGUUUGCUACAACACCUUGCCACAACAAGUGGCAGCUUUGUUUCAAAGUUUCAUCACGUCAUUGUAAAGAGUUACAGAGGAAACGGUGUCAACUGCACGUCUCUUCUUUUUGAUCUGAAUGCCCCGUCUUUAGUCAGCUGUUGUACAACACAACAUUCUAAAACUAGCUAGUUUUGCCUCAUGUCGGCUGUUGUAUCUGAACUGGGCUUCAUGGCUUGACGUCAAAGCUCUCAAAAAUAUAUUUGAAGUUGAUAUAUUAUUUUUAUGUCAUGAAAGGAAUAAAUCGACAACACCUAGCAAGCCUGUUUCCAGCUCCACCAUUGUUGAGUAUUGGAGCAGAAUCAGAUCGGUAAGCACAGACUUUAGCAAAGUGUUUUUGACCAUGUUGUAUGUUCCAUCAUUGUGUUUCCCCUAGCUGGCCAAGAACAAUAAUGUUUUACCUAAUAACAAAGUAGCAUAUUUUAAUGCUAGGAAUCUAUCUAGCUAAUCUGUUUAGGAAAAUGAACUACCCAGGAUUUACUUUGAGUAUUGAUGACAUUCUAUCCCAACAUUAUCCUACUGCACAGAGAUGUUACUAUGUUAUUCCCCAUUUGAGAUGUCUGGAUGAGAUGGAAACAGACAUAGGCCAAAAGAUACAGAUGGAUUGGGUGUAUAAGACUGUAACAUUACAUUAUAUUAAAUUACUGGAAACAUGAAUUCCUCAUUCUGUCUAAUAGCCUCCUUCUCCAAUGAAUGUAUUUACCCUGGAAAUAUAUGACUGAUGGUCAUCAAAGCUAUUCUGCCAUAGUUGUAAAAUUGUAUUCCAUAUUGGGAUUGAUGGGCAAUGUUUUAUUUGUUGUCUAUCUAGGUCAGGGAUGGUCAACUCCAGUCCUCUGUGGCUUGAUUGGUGACAAACUUUUGCCCCAGCUGACACACCUUACUCCAAUAAUCAACUAAUCAUGGUCCUUACCUCAUUUCUACCAGCAUGUCACCUGUGCAACUAGAGGUGGAAAACACUAGAUCUCCUUUACUCCACACACAGAGACCCAUACAAAGCUCUCUCUCACCCUCCAUUUGGCAAAUCUGACCGUAACUCUAUCCUCCUGAUUCCUGCGUACAAGCAAAAACUCAAACAGGAAGUACCAGUGACGCGCUCAAUACAAAAGUGGUCCGAUGAAGCGGAUGCUAAGCUACAGGACUGUUUCACUAGCACAGACUGGAAUAUGUUCCGGGACUCAUCCGAUGGCAUUGAGGAGUUUUACAACAUCAGUCACCGGCUUCAUUAAGUCCAUUGAUGACGUCAUCCCCACAGUGACCAUACGUACUGUACAUAUCCCAACCAGAAGCCAUGGAUUACAGGCAACAUCCGCACUGAGCUAAAGGCUAGAGCUGCCGCUUUCAAGGAGCGGUACACUAACCCGGAAGUUUAUAGGAAAUCCCGCUACGCCCUCUGGCAAAUCAUCAAACAGGCAAAUUGUCAAUACAAGACUAAGAUCGAAUCCUACUACACCGGCUCUGAUGCUCGUCGGAUGUAGCAGGGCUUGCAAACUAUCACGGAUUACAAAGGGAAACCCAGCUGUGAGCUGCGCAGUGACAUGAGCCUGCCAGACGAGCUGUGAGUGCUACAGGGCAAAAGUAAUUUAGGCAGGUUACUUUGACGUUCUUGUGCAUGGGGACUAUAGUGGUCUGCUUGAAAGAAAUUGGUAUUACAGACUGGGUCAGGGAUAGGUUGAAAAUGUCAGUGAAGACACUUGCCAGCUGGUCAGUGCAUGCUCUAAUUACGCAUCCUGGUAUUCCAUCUGGCCCCGCGGCCUUGCGAAUGUUAAGCAGUUUAAUUCUUAAAAGUCUAAGCCGGUGGGGGUUCUAAGAUGACAUAUGCAAUUGUUUUAAAAUCAUACUAUUGGAUUGAAUUUAGGAUAGGUAUAAAUAUAAAAAUUGACUAUAUGAAUUUGCCUUAUUCUUGGCCCCGACGCUUGCGAAUUAACAUUCAUAAAGGUCAACAGCGUCCUCAACACAAUGACAAUGUUUUGAAAUAUUUCCUAUAUUAAUUGUAGACCUUUAGGAAAGCAAGGGGAAAUAAUGGUCCCAUUUUUAUGGGUAGGCACAGAACUACCUUCAUAUUUCCAUUAAUUUUUUUACAAACCGGGACCGGUUACCUUGAGACGAGUCCCGUGGGGGUCGUAGAGUAAAAUGGAGACCACCAUCGUUAGAAUCUCCCCUUUCCAUAGAGUGGUCAUACUAGUUUGUAGGUCAAACCGUUCGGAUGCUACAGACGUUUCCGUGAGAAGACCAAUUUUUGGGAUGUUUUAUGGUUUGAUAAACACAGCUCUAGUUCUGAUACCUUUCACCGCAGAUGUGGAAGUGCGACAUAGGCGGAUGCGGUGGAUUGAGACGCAUCCAAUGCAAAAAAACAUAUCUCACCAGGUGCGUCAAUCGACUCAAGGGGAUUUUAAAGGUCUUACUCGCAUCAGCUACGGAGAGCGAGAUCAUACAGUAGUCAGGAACAGCUGGUGCUCUCAUACAUGGUUCAGUGUUGCUUGCCUUGAAGCGAGCAUAGAAGGCAUUUAGCUCUUCUGGUAGGCUCAUGUCGCUGGGCAGUUUGCGGCUGGGUUUCCCUUUGUAAUCCAUGAUAGUUUGCAAGCCCUGCCACUUCCGUAGAGCGUCAGAGCUGGCGUAGUAGUUUUCCAAUCUUAGUCCUGUAUUGACGUUUUGCCUGUUUGAUGGCUUGCCGGAGGUCUUUGCGGAAUUUCUUAUAAGUGUCCGGAUUAGUCCUAAUCUUGAAAGCAGCAACUCUAGCCUUUUAGCUCAGUGCAAAUGUUGCCUGUAAUCCAUGGCUUCUGGUUGGGGUACGUACGGUCACUGUUGGGAAGACAUCGUCGAUGCACUUAUUAAUGAAGCCAGUGACUGAUGUGGUUUAACUGCUCAAUGUUAUCGGAUGAAUCCCGGAACAUAUUCCAGUCUGUGCUAGCGAAACAGUCCUGUAGCUUAACAUUCGCUUCAUCGGACCACUUCCGUUUUGAGCGCGUCACUGGUACUUCCUGUUUUGAGUUUUUGCUUUCAAGCAGGAAGCAGGGAGAUAGAGUUAUGGUCUGAUUUGCCAAAGGGAGGGCAUUGUAUGUGUUUCUGUAUGUGGAGUAAAGGUGAUCUAGAGUUUUGUCGCCUCUAGUUGCACAGGUGACAUGCUGGUAAAAAUUUGGUAAAACUGAUCAAAACCAGACUAAUAUUUUCAACAGAUGUCAACACUACACUGAUGGUAAUGAAAUUCUAUAGACAAAAUACUCACCAAAUAUUAUUCUAUCUUUCAGCUAAAGGAGAUGGUGUCUACGCAUUGAAAACUGCACAGGACUACACCUACAUCCCAGAACUUCAGAGAGCAGUGUUGAAAAGGCUCUCAAUUGGGGCUAACAAGGAGAAUGAUCCUGAGAUCAGAUGACCCAAGACUCCCUGAAGUCCCACCACCAACAACUGCUGACCUGCUACAAGUUCGAGGAGAUGUCGACACGCAACACAGGAUGCAGUUAGCACACCUUUGAGCGGGGAAGGACCUGAGCUCUCCGUUUUGUCAGACUUGGUCGUUCCCAGGAAGUGUGUGAACCUGUGGAGUACUCAGAAAUGUUGUUGAAAGAGUUGGGCCUACAACCAAACAUAUAUAAAUCAUAUAAAUAAGGGAUGUUUGUGUGGGCAACAAUAAACUUGUGUGAGAAACAAUAUUUGUGCAUUCUUUAUCUAGCAAAUUGGCAUCAUUAUGGAAUGGUUUUAGAAUGAUUUACUAAACUGUUCUCUUUUCCUGGAUAUCUAUGCUCUUGGCAGUUUUCACUUCAAAUUAGCAGACCUACAGGUGGGUAGAUAUCCAGAAAGACGGAUGUACCACGCUGGUGUAAAUACAGUACAAAACAAGUCGGUCCGAUUACACAUCAGGUCAAAUAAAGUUUUACUAGGGAGAUUAACAAGCAUAUACGGUAUUAUCUUUCAACUUCCUGAAAUAACAAAAGCACAGUGAAAGGAAAACAUUCUGAUAAAGUACUGAACUGGUAAAGUACUGAAGUGAUGUCACCCAGACUAAGGACAAAAUCACAAAAAGAUUACUUACAAAGAUCUCACCAAAUGGAGGAUCCACAUGAAGAAUAGAGUACAGUGUAGUCGUGGAAAGUGUUCCGUAAACAUACUUGGUAAUAAAUAACUGAAAUAGUGCAGUGGUGAAAUGGCAGUGGUUGUGUUGUAUGCUGUAGGAGUCUCCCUACAAUUUAGGCAGGUGCACCAGCAAGGCUGUCCGCGAUGUGGGAUGUCUGGAGAUCCUGGGAUAGCUCUCCGGUACUCCAUGAUGCCAAAAAUCACUCCAGUUAGAUUAACUUAAUUACAGCAUGCAGACAAAUGUUGUGUGAUAAGAUUUGAAUGUUGUGAAACAUGUAUACAGUACCACAGGUGAAAGAUUUUUACUAACCUUCAUCUCGGCCAGCCUCUCUUCUUGCAGUUGGGCAGAUCUUUUCAAGUUCUUCCUGUCCAAUUCUUUCUGCAGCCCUGCCUGUGCCCCUUAUGGCCCACGGCUCUUCAUAACUGGAAUCCUACAGGAAAUAAGAUGUAUGCAACACUGUUAUUAUGAUUGUAUUGUAAUGUUCACUACAUGGUCUUUUUAUGUAUAACCAAUAUUGAUUUUCAUGCAGAAGGGUCGAGUAUCACACUUCUACAAUCACUGCACAACGUCUUCAUAUGUAGCCAUAGCUCUCGAGAAUCAAGGGGCCAUCCCAGUAAUAUUAUUAGCUAGCUAGUAUAGGAGUCAGAAGGGCAAAUGACUGAAUGCAUGCCAAAGUUAUUUUACAUGAAUGCAGAUCUAUGAAGUCAAAUAGCUAAUUUACAUUUUACAUUUUAGUCAUUUAGCAGACGCUCUUAUCCAGAGCGACUUACAGUUAGUGAGUGCAUACAUUUUCAUACUGGCCCCCCGUGGGAAACGAACCGACAACCCUGUCGUUGCAAGCGCCAUGCUCUACCAACUGAGCUUCAGGGGACUAAUGUACUAAGUUAGCAAUCUGACGAUAGCUAUCAAGCUAUCUAAUAUUGUAUCAGGCAGGGAAAUUCACGGUAGCUAUUCUCAACCAUGUAGCUAAGUUUGCUAGCUAGCUACCUUGACAUUGCUAGCGUUAGCUACCUUUCUGGCUGACAACAACGUGAAUAUUUUUUAUUAGAAUAUAAAAAACGAGGAUUAUAGCCGGCAUAUAAAAAGCCCCCAGGGGUCCCAGGACAAAGUUUGGGAAACCCUGCACUAGAUAACACAGCCAUAGCGGCUGUUGAUGCUAAGUCAUCCCAUCGGCGACUACCAAUGAGAGAUGGGGUUUAUGGGAAAUCGUGUUCAAAUCUAGAACAAAAUACCGCAUUCUUGCCAGAGGGGUCUCCAAAAACGUCUGUACACACAUAGUUACGCAGUGAAGCUUUAACAAUUUUUUUGUUGUUGUAGUGGGUACAUUAACAUUAGUACUUUCUAAAAAUUAUACUUUAAAUAAAUGUUUUUUGGGGGGGGGGGUUUUUUAAUUAUUUUUUUGCUCACAAAAUAUAAUUACAAAAUAUGCAUUAAGGUGUCUGUAAUAGAAUAAACAUUGCAAAAACAAAUGUAGACAUUAAUUAAUGCAUUAUUUUGUGUAGCUUCCCAAAAACAAUUUUUUUUACAACGUGGAGGGAGUACCAAAAUGGAGGCGUGGUGGCUUCAAAACAACGCCCCCUGUACGUCAUCUAGUGUAUAUUAAAUAAUUGUACUGAUUCUCCCUGUUAAGUCAGGGAAUGUCUGACAGGCUGUGAAUCUCCCAUUUCCCCUCUGCUUCAGGCUUUUCUCUUUGUGCGUGUGAAGGAGUCAGUGCAAACGCCAUAUUUAUGAUGAAUAGACGGUGGCUUUAGCAGUUAAUCAUGACAGAAAGCCAAUACUUUGAAUGGAAAGGUGUAGCAGCAUAUUGAAAGCAUGAGGUGUUUAUGAUCGACAGGACACAAUGCUCCACUGACCUUGAUUACAAUGACUGCAGAUAAAGUCUUCCUCUGGUGUUUAUGCUGUAGUUGAAGAGUAGUGUUUUUUAUAAGAAAGGGAAACCCUUAGUUCCUAACUUUAACUUGCACAACAACCAGUUUAUUACCCAUGCAGUCCUGAGGUGAUAAUAAUGCUCCUUUGUCUGCACUUUGUGGAAUCUGCAGAUAAAGAUUUUCAGAUCAGUCAUGAUUGUAUUCUGCACAAUUCAUUAUCUCAAUGAGGACAUUAAAGUUUGUCUAAUCUACCGGUAAUCAAAUAUCACAGGCCUUGGCAUGUACUCUUUGUACUGAUAGCCUAGCGGUUAAGAGGUUAGGCCAGUAACCGAAUGGUUGCUGGUUCGAAUCCCAGAGCUGAUUAGGUGAUAUCUGUCGAUGUGCCUUUGAGCAAGGCACUUAUCCCUAAUUGCUCCUGGAUAAAAGUGUCUGCUAAAUGACUAAAAUAAAAAUAAAUUUUUAAGUACAAUGAUAAGAAAUCAAAAUAAGACAACAAAAAAAUCACAAAUGUCUCUUGGAUGUCCCCAGGCUGACCCCUAAGAAUAAUCACCAACGUCCCACGGUAGCCCUGCUGUGCGGCCCCCAUGUCCAGGGGGCCCAGGGCAUCAGCUGUGGACGGCACCUGGCCAACCACGAGGUGGAGGUCAUCCUCUUCCUCCCCAACUUGGUCAAGAUGCAGGAGUCCAUAACCAACGAGCUCGCCCUCUACAGCAAGACCAGCGGCAAGCAGGUGGCCAGCAUCAAAGGUACCGACUCAUGCUGACUAACAUAGAUUUGUCCUCUGUUCACAAAUAUUAUCUGCUUUUGAAAUCAUUAGAUGUGAUGAGACUGUAGAUAGAAAGGUAAAUGGACUGUAGGUAGUGAAGAUAGUGAAUCCACUUCCUUGUAGUGUGUUCUUUUGUUAGCAUGAGCUGUAUAAAAAAUCCAUUGUUUUCUAAUCUAGAGUAGACACUUCCCUCUGUUAUAUUCACAACAAGCAACAAUUUCAAAGAUUUUACUGAGUUACAGUUCAUUAGGCCCUAAUCUAUGGAUUUCACAUGACUGGUCCAGAGCAUCCAAAACAUGCUAAAUGGGUGACCUGUCUGAGUAUGUAGGCCAUGGAAGAACUGGGACAUUUUCAGCUUCCAGGAAUUGUGUACAGAUCCUUGCGACAUGGGUCUGUGCAUUAUCAUGCUGAAACAAGAGGUGAUGGCGGUGGAUGAAUGGCACGAACAUGGGCCUCAGGAUCUCGUCACGGUAACUGUGUACAUUCCAGUUGCCAUCGAUAAAAUGCAAUUGUGUGCGUUGUCUGUAGCUUAUGCCUGCCCAUACCAUAACCCGACCGCCACCAUGGGGCAUUCUGUUCACAACGUUGACAUCAGCAAACCGCUCGCCCACACAACGCCAUACACGUGGUCUGUGGUAGUGAGGCCAGUUGAACGUACUGCCAAAUUAUCUAAAACGACGUUUGAGGCGGUUUAUGGUAGAGAAAUGUACAUUAAAUUAUCUGGCAACAGCUCUCGUGGACAUUCCUGCAGUCACCAUGCCAAUUGCACGUUCCCUCAACUUGACAUCUGUGGUAUUGUGUUGUGUGACACAACUGCACAUUUUAGAGUGGCCUUUUAUUGUCCCCAGCACAAGGUGCACCUGUGUAAUGAUCAUACUGUUUAAUAAGCUUCUUGAUAUGCCACACCUGUCAGGUGGAUGGAUUAUCUUGGCAAAGGAUAAAUGCUCACUAACAGGGAUGAAAACAAAUUUGUGCCCAACAUUUGAGAUAAACAAGCUUUUUGUGUGUAUGGAACAUUUCUGUGAUCUUUUAUUUCAGCUCAUGAAACAUGGGCCCAACACUUUACAUGUUGCGUUAAUAUUUCCGUUCAGUAUAGUUAGACACAUAAGGCACAAUCAGCUAGACACUGUAAAAUCAGUGCUUCUUGUCUGCUUUUAACAGUGGUACACUGAAACAAUGUUGCCCUCUGCUGGAGGUGUAGCUACUCGGAAGCUUUAAGUUCAAACCCUGAUCUCUGUCCCGCUCUCUCCUCCUCCUCCUAGACCUGCCGGUCAGCCCAGUGGACCUGGUCAUCAACUGUCUGGACUGCCAUGAGAACGGCUUCCUGAGGGACCAGGCCUGGUACCUGGCGGCUGCAGACUGGGCCAACCAGAACAGGGCUCCGGUGCUCAGCAUUGACCCUCCAGUGAGUGGCCAGAAGCAGGCCGUGGAGGCCAAGUGGACUCUGUCUUUGGGCCUGCCCUUGCCUCUGGAUGGUGGGGAGGCUAGGGUCUACCUGUGUGACAUUGGGGUACCCAAGCAGGUGUUCCAGGAAGUGGGCAUCAACUACCAUUCGCCCUUCGGCUGCAAAUUCGUUAUUCCUUUACACUCUGCAUAGCAGGACCUCCUACAACCCUGUGUUUUCAUUCUAGUGAAAUACAGAAGGACAAUGCACACAGAUAUAGGACCAGCCUCAAUUCCUGCAAGUCCUGAUAGUUAGAGACUUCCAGGUGCAGUGUCAAGGCCUUCUUAGAGGGUGAUGUGUACAGUUACUGAAAAUAAGUUGUGGGGGGAUUUCUUAAAACAGAAUGUGCACUUAAUUGUGUUGCUGGUUGGUAUUUGUUUUCCCUUUGCUCCUGGUUGACCCCUGGGAGUGUAUCGCGUGCCGUGAAGUACCACUGGAGAAGGGGAAAGCUCUAAGAGGAGGGCUUCCUGUCUUGUUGGGCUUUGUGAUAAGGGCUAUGUGUAUGUAUUGCCCACCUCUAUCAGCCAGUCUGAGUAUGUUAUGUUUACAGAGAGCUGACUGACCGCUAUGAGUCAGUCUCUGUCUAUGACCCCUGACCCUGACCGUGUGACCAGCCCUGGGCCUGAGACACACAUCCUGUUUCCUACCGUAGAUUGUGUGUGGACUGGAGACAACGGGACCUGGCUGACCCAGUGCCCCACAGCAGAGCUCAAUCUCUCUGGGAAAAUCCCUAUGAUCUGAAUUUGAGAUUUUGGUUGAAAUGCCCUGACUCUCACUAAAUUAAAUUGGUGUGUUUCUCUUAAAUGUGACUUUUUGGUCAGCAUCGAUUGUAGCGAUUUUCAAUUGAAAUUUGUAAUUUAGCUAGCACUGGUAUCAACUAGGCAAAAACCAAUUUGUUUGUCCUCUUUUCUCAAUUAUCUCAGAAGAAAAUGUUUAAGAAUUUGUUUGUUUUUGAUAAAUAGGGAAGAUGUUUUGCCUUUGUUUGAAUGCAUAUAUUUUCUAAACUGCAUCUGGGCUAUAUUUUUAACAACGCUGCAAAGAAAGCUGUAAAGUGGUGCUCAACACUUUUGUUUCAGUGUAUUGGUGUUACCAUAGAAACAAAUAGUUUCUGUCUUUUGCACUUCUCAUAUGAAAUAAUAUCUUUGUUUGACACCUGUCAGAUAAGGCCACAUACAGGCAUAUAAUAGUUUACAAGGGUAUGCAUAUUAAUCUGUUAAGUAGCUAUACAUGGUAGCGAGGUACACAUCCUCUGUUGCCGUGGCUGUGUUCUUGCUUCAGGUUUUGGUAAAGUGUAAUUUGCCAGACAGUACCAUUUAGUUUACACUUAGUAUUACAGCAUUUGUCAAGAAACAUAAAGGUCAAGUUAGUUUUUCUAGUAGUAGCCAUUCUACCAUUUAAUUCACUUUAUGAUAGGAUUGGGUUUGUAUUUCAUUUGUAUAAGCAAUAUGUCAAUUCAAUUCCAAACACAAGCCUUAGAUGUGCAGCUAAACAGAGUGGCCACAGUAGAUAAUACUUAUUUUUUUUACUUCCAAUCAUUUUGAAAGCGGAUCUUUAAAUGCACUUGAGCCAGAAUUGGAUUUGUGUGAGACGUUCGGUGGUUGUGUAAACAGAUCUGUGAUUGCAGGCCUAUUUGGUCACGUACUGGCCAGGAUGUCUGAAUUAUGUUUGCAAACGAUGAGCAAUUUUUUAAAACACUCGGUGCAUCUUAGAAUGGUUGAGUUUUGCUCUGCUGCAGAGUGCAGACAUCCUGUUUUGGGGAGUUUUUGUGAAUGGGUUAGAUUUAGGUUUGGCUAUGUUUCUCCCAGGGCAGUUUUCAGUCACUGGGCAGUCAUUGAGGCUGACUGCUGUGUUGAAAACUGUAUUUUACUCUUUUUUUUAUUCUAAAUCCAAUUAUUGGUGUGUUUGCACAUCUUCAUGGGUAGUCUAUGAGGAUUUAUCUGAAUUGAUCGGGUUACAACUUUGCAAACAUUCAUAUGACUUGGAAAUACUAUCUUGUCUGUGUAUCAGCUCUGCUCUACAUUUCCAAACGACCAAAUCAGACUAUUGUUAAUAGUGCAUUAAGUGCAUACAGCGCAUGUUGCUCCAUUUCAAGGUCAUGUAAUACAGUGAAUCAAUGGCAUCUGUCGCCAGUUGUGUUCUAGCUGGUAGGACUCUUUGAGUUUUCAUUUGUUUUUGUUUAUCUCUGGUAAUGUUGCUCAAUAAUGCUGUGUUUCUCAACAAUGUGUCGCAAUGAGCUUUCUCACUUAUUACAAGUGUAUGUAGCCUAUUUUUGUAAAUGUAUGCCAUCUCACUUGCAGUGUCUGUAGUUGGCACCUGCAGUAUCUACAUAACAUGUUAUGAUGUGAGAAUAGAACAACACAAUGUAUCAUUAUAAAGCAUCCAAGACACGUAUUUGAGCCUAGUUGUUGGGCUCCUUGAGGCUGCUGCUGUUGUCAGCUUUGAGAGGAAUGCCAUCAGAUGGCCUGUUCCUGCAUGCGAUGCCAGAGAGUUAUGGAUGCUGAGGUGCGAAAUCUUACAGGAGAUGCUUUUUUUUUGUCACCUAAAAGUGCUACUUUCAGAAAUUUUUCCCAGGGAAUUAUUGUAUUGUAUUGUGACACUCCAGCCCAGACAGAUGUGAAUUUAUUUUUAAGUGAUUUAUGGUCAUAUUGUUACAAAAGAUUUGCCAGAAAACAGGCCAUGUUUUUGCACAGACAAUUAGUCAUUUUCUUAAGGACUCACAGUAAUUGUUUUUGGGAAGUGUCCUCGUGGUAGCUAGCAAUGGGAUAGUGGCUAAUCUCAUAUGAUGUUAUGAUGGAGGAACUAAACCAUUUUUGUUUGAUCAUAUCCUUACAGAUUUCAUCAUGGUUUUUUUUUU